CGCACCGGGGCAUGGGAGAGGCUGCAGGGCGUUGCUAAAAACGCAGGGCUACAGAUAUUUAAGAAAGCGGUGUAAACCACACAAAACAUGGACAGGAACAGAAAGCGUCGAGUGGACAUCUGAAACCUAACAACUGUACUUUAAGGAAACUGGCAGAAAGCUGGCGCUAAAGGGACAACCUGACACCUGUUCGACAAAAUCCUGUCAACAUACAUCCUGUUGCUGCUCCCGUUCACUGGGGUCUGAUGUGAGGACGCCACGCCUCUCCGUGAAAAGCUUUGUCAGUCAGAGAUCCUCUGUUUGUGGUUGCACAAUCCUCCACUCAUCAAUACUUAAUAGCUUCCUAAUGGCAACUUGUGCUUCCUUUUAAUUUAUGAUUUGGGCUCAAAGCUACUACAGCGCCUCAUCGCAUUUACACAAGUGCUGCCCGAGUGCUUUUUAUAAAAGGCUGUUGGUGCAAUAGAUUACAGCUGCCUUCUGGAUAAUUGGUUGCUUAUUAUCGCCCUAUUUUUAUUUUUAAACAAGCGUCAUAAAAAGAGUUAUAGUCAGCCGUCAAGAUGGUGGAGGCCCCCAUUUAUGCCACAGGCAUGGCCGCCAAGCUCAGGAGUCAGUGGGAUCGCGACGGCGGCCUCGGACAGAACGACAACGCGGUGAAGUUUCUGGGUCAGGACUACGAGUCUCUGAAAGCGCAGUGCCUCCGGAGCGGGACGCUGUUCGAGGACAGUUUGUUCCCCUGCGUCACGUCGUCUCUGGGAUUCAACGAGCUCGGCCCCAGAUCCUCCAAGACCAGCGGCGUCCGCUGGAUGAGGCCCUCGGAGUUGUGCAGGCGGCCAGAGUUUAUUGUGGACGGAGCGACUCGCACAGACAUCUGUCAGGGAUCCCUGGGAGACUGCUGGCUGCUGGCGGCCAUCGCCUCGCUGACGCUGAACGAUAACCUCCUCCACAGGGUGGUUCCUCAUGGACAGAGCUUUCAGCAGGGUUACGCUGGCAUCUUUCACUUUCAGUUCUGGCAGUUUGGAGAGUGGAUGGAGGUGGUGAUUGAUGACCGUCUCCCAGUGAAAGAUGGGAAGUUACUGUUUGUCCACUCCGCAGAGGGGACUGAAUUCUGGAGCGCUCUGCUGGAAAAGGCCUACGCCAAGCUGAACGGCUGUUAUGAGGCUCUGUCGGGCGGCAGCACGUCAGAGGGCUUUGAGGACUUCACCGGAGGCGUGACAGAGAUGUUUGAGCUGAAGAACGCCCCCUCAGACCUCUUCAGCAUCAUCGGCCGAGCCGUGGAGAGAGGAUCCCUGCUCGGCUGCUCCAUCGACAUCACCAGCUCAGGAGACAUGGAGGCCGUCACAUUCAAGAAGCUGGUGAAGGGCCACGCCUACUCCGUGACUGCUGUGGAGGAGGUGAUGUACAGAGGAAGCCCGACCAAGCUGGUCCGCAUCAGGAACCCCUGGGGGGAGGUGGAAUGGACCGGGGCCUGGAGUGACAACGCCAGAGAAUGGGACUCGGUGGACGGCUCCGUCAAAAGUCGGCUUCUGAACCGCAGUGAAGACGGAGAGUUCUGGAUGUCCUUCACUGACUUCCUGCGGGAGUUCAACCGUCUGGAGAUCUGCAACCUGACGGCGGACGCCCUGCAGGACGGCCAGAUGAAGAAGUGGAACACGUCGCUCUUCGGGGGCGAGUGGAGGAGAGGCAGCACCGCUGGAGGCUGCAGGAACUUCCCAGCCACGUUUUGGCUGAAUCCUCAGUAUAAGAUCAAGCUGCAGCACCCCGACGCCCCCGGCAAACCAGACUGCAGCUUUUUGGUGGCGCUCAUGCAAAAGGACCGCAGGAAGAAAAGAAAAGAGGGCAAAGACAUGGAGACCAUUGGGUUUGCUCUCUAUGAGGUUCCAAAAGAGUUCGUGGGGAGCUCGGGGGUCCACCUGAAGCGAGACUUCUUCCUCACGCACGCCUCCAGCGCUCGCUCGGAGCAGUUCAUCAACCUGAGGGAGGUCAGCUCACGCCUGCGGUUGCCCAUCGGGGAGUACAUCAUCGUCCCCUCCACCUUUGAGCCCAACAAUGAGGGCGACUUUGUCCUGAGAGUCUUCUCCGAGAAACCUGCCGGCUCUGAGGAGCUUGAUGACAAAGUGGUUGCAAAUAUUCCCCCGGAGACUAAAGUCGAUGAGAGCCAGAUUGACGCCAGCUUCAAGAAUCUCUUCAGGCAGCUGGCCGGCAACGACAUGGAGAUCAGCCUGACUGAGCUUCAGACGAUACUGAACAGGAUCAUUAGCAAACAUAAGGACCUGAAAACAGACGGCUUCUCUAAAGAAGCUUGCCGCAGUAUGAUAAACCUCAUGGACGCGGACGGGAGCGGGAAGCUGGGCCUGACCGAGUUCCACGUCCUGUGGGAGAAGAUCAAACGAUACCUGACCAUAUUCAGACAGUUUGAUUUGGACAAAUCGGGCACCAUGAACUCCUAUGAGAUGCGGAUGGCCCUUGAGUCUGCAGGCUUCAAGCUGAACAACCAUCUGUUCCAGCUGAUCAUCCUGCGGUACACAGAGGAGGACCUGUCCAUCGACUUUGACAACUUUGUCACCUGUUUGGUCCGACUGGAGACGAUGUUCAAAACAUUUAAAAACAUGGACACGGAUGGAGACGGUCAAAUAUCCCUCAACUUCUUUCAGUGGGUUACUCUGACCAUGUUCGCCUAGAGAUGAGAGGAGUCCAUGAACCACUUCCCACUGGAAUUCCAGGCCCAUUAUUCCCGGAAGUUUUUAUUUUAUUUUUUUUACAUUUUCACCAGUGCCUUUACUGCUCUCUCCUCCUCCAGGAUGCUCUCUGCUGAGGCCUUGUGUCGCUAUAACAGACACUCUUGGUGAUUCCAGUGCCUGUUUCGGAAAUGUGCCAAUCCUUUAUUAUCUGUUGCAUACUUUGCCAAAUGAAGGGAGCUCUGUUGUUGUAGCCUUGCUCACUCUGGGUGCUAAUGUUUUGCUUUUCUUUUUUUACCUUUAAGUAAUGCUGAUAAACUAUAUAGACAUAAAGAAAUUGUUGGUUGGAUCUAAGUGGGUGGACACAGGGUUGUGCUUUUGUAGCAUUUUUUUAAAUUCACAAAAUCUUAAAUUUUUAUCACCACACAUGAUGGUGUUUUCUUUCACUCGGACGAGGAUUCUGCAGUCACUUGCUUUAGUUUGAAUUGACCACCUGUGCACUCGUGGGCAUUUGGCAACUUUUAUAAAGUUUUGUCUCUGAUUCACAAGUA